UAUAGUGUGAAUAUGUACGAGAAUAACGUAUCAAUUGAGAUAUGUAGACACCAUACGAAGGGACAGAGGGUAUGUUACUGCCGAGAAUGGGAAAUUGAUUUGAUGAUGUGGCAGGUAAAGGUCCAGAGAGAACAAGUUGAGGCUGUAGUUGGAGUUAUUCUGAGGAUUCCAUCGUUAGUUUUGGCAGAGUUGUGGUUCAGAACGAGUCCAGAAAAGUUGACAAAUCAACCUGAUGAUGUUACUUUUAUCAUCACAGUUAUUUAUUAUCUUAGUUUAUUUUUUGCACUAGCACUAGCUGCACUACCAUUGAAGAAUCUGGUUUACCUGUACAUUUACACUUUAAGUGCAGGGUUAGUUUGUUUUAAUUGGUACAUGUCUCAUCUGUUUGUGAAUACAGAGUUAACUCAAGAAAGUGAAAGUCCAAUGUUCUUGACAGAUUCAUCAGAGACUCAGAGAGUACUUCUCCACUUGUUGACACAAUGCAUCACAUCAGCAUUUAUUUGUUACCUACUUGAAAUAACCAAUUGGACAAGGUUUGUGUUUCUAGCUUUUGUACUGCCAAUACUAGCAAAAAUCAUGGGAAUGCCUUCUGAUGUUAUCUCAGGGGUUCAUAACUUUUCAACAAUUUUCACAAUCUUACUGGUAGCAUUUACAGUGUUUAAUAAUCUGAGUUAUACAUUUGAGACAGUGAGAGUGUUGUUACGGAAACUGUCUGAAGCAGUAACAGAGUUUGGAUGGAUUCCGGUGAUCUUAGCUUCAUGGAACACGCUUCAUGUUGGAAUACAACUUUUGAUAUUUUGGAUUUACAUGUUCAUUUCACAUAUUUAUGUCUUCAUCAAAGUUGGAAACAGUGUGAUUAUACAAGAAGGAUUUAGCAUGAUAUUUCUGGCAGUGGUCGGCGAGUGUUGUGCCACACCAAUCAGCCUUCUGGCUUUGAGUGUUACUGUAUCCUACUUUUCAUACUUCAUAUUGACUUUCACCAAAAUAUUUCUCCAAGGCUGGAGAGGAUACAUGAAUGAUAAUGAUACCUUCCGAGGCUGGACAGAGGGAGGUACAAUGCUACUGAUUGCGUUUCAGACAGGUUUGACUGAUUUAAAGCCAAUACAAAGAACAUUCUUAAUGAGUAUACUACUGUUCAUUGUGGUUUCUUCAUUGAUUGAAUCAAUGUAUGAAGUUGCUGAUCCAAUUUUGCUGUCACUUAGCGCAGCACAUAACAGAAAUAUUUUCAAGCAUUUCAGAGCAGUGUUACUGUUCACUUUUCUAUGGAUGUUUCCGUUAUACAUGACAUACAGUAUCUGUCAGUACUUCACAUUAGAUUUUUGGUUGUUAGUUAUCAUAUCUAGCGGAAUCCUAACAACUUUCCAAGCCUUAGGUUCCUUGAUGGUGUAUAGUUUGUUUAUAUAUGAUUCACUUAGAGAGAACUCUUGGGAAAAACUGGAUGAUGUGAUAUACUACACUCGAGCAACUGUUCGUGUCUUUGAAUUUCUAGUUGCGCUUUUUGUUGUGUGUUUUGGACUGAAGGAAACAUUAGUUGGACAUUGGAGCUUAAUUAACUCAGCAAUUUUAAUAGUUCAUUGUUAUUUUAAUGUUUAUAAAAGAUUAGAGACUGGAUGGAAGACAUUUUUGUUAAGGAGAGAAGCAGUAUCUAGAGUAGAAUCUUUACCUCAGGCAACCGAAGAACAAUUGAAUUCAUUAAGUGAUGUAUGCCCUAUUUGUUUUUCUACCAUGACCCAAGCCAAAGUGACUACUUGUAAUCAUUUCUUUCAUGCAACAUGUCUUCGUAAGUGGUUAUAUGUUAAAGACACUUGUCCAAUGUGCCACAAGAAAAUAGAAGUAAAGAAAAAUGAAGAUAAUCAGACUGGCAUUGUUGUAGAGAAUAAUUACGUCCAUAACUUAAUGGAAAGAGACGAUGAAUUAUCGGAAGAAAGUGAUAUGAGUGAGUCUGACACUGAAUCUGAUGCAAGUACUGAGAUCCUUGAGGAGGACAAUGAUCAGAUUAUUGACAAUGUAGAGGCAGAAAGAGCUGCAUUGCAAACAAUCCAAAAUAAUGAUGCAUGAGACAUGUAUCAUGUCUUGGGAUAUCAAAAGGUGAAGGGUUAAAAAAUCAAAAUAUCUAUGUUUGUCAGGGUUAUCUGGAGUUUUUUCUUUUGUUUUAUUAAGAUACAGAUGUUAUUAUAUUAUGGUAUAUCCCAAGAUAUAUGAAAUGUUGUAAACAUUUAUAAUUUGCAUCAAUAAAAAUAAAAAAUAAAAUGGAUAUGCCCAAUUCAUGCAAUUUACAGAAAUUCACCAUUGAAAUAAUGAAAACAGCAAAUUUUAACGAAAUAAAGACGAAAAUAAAUUUCACAUUUACAGGUAUGCCACUUUUAGAAACAGAAUUUAGUGCUAUAUCUAUCAUUCUAUGUUUUAUAUAUUACAAUGUACAUGACCUAUGUUCUGAAAAUUUCUAUAUUAUUGAUGCAACAUUUAAAAUAACUCAUUGAAUUAUAUUAUUGUUAGAAAAAUAGUUGAAUCUUCUGAAAAAUGUCAAAAUACAAUAAAAAAUUUACGUGUGUUGUGCAUGAAUUGUGGUCAGAUAUCAGAUUUUUUAAUUGUUUUUAGAUAUAAGCAUACUAACUUGAAUGAUUAACACUGCGAAUGAUUUUGGUGAUCCUAUAUCAUCAUCAUGUAUAUCAAUAAAACGAAAAUGUUAUGGCAGUAACAAAAAAAAAUGUAUCAUUUUUUAUACAAAAUUUGUAGAGCAGAUGAAUACAAAGUCAAGUGAUUCAAUGAUUUUGAAACAUUUACAUUCAUUCUAUACAUUUGUACUUCUAUCUUUGGGAUAUUCUAUUGUAUUUUCUCAUAGUUCAUAAAGUUACAUUUAGAUUUGCUGUUCUGUAUGCUUAGAAACUUAUGAUUUUAAUGACCCCAAUUUCAUGGUCCACUGAACAUAGAAAAUGUUAGUACAAGUGGGGCAUUAAUGGCUAGGGACACAUUCUUGUUUCCACUUGCACUAACAUAUAAUUUGAAAAUAUUAAGCUGCAGAAUAAAAACUUUUCAGAUAUAAAAUACCAUGCAUUUAUAUACAUAAUUAUUCUCAGGUGUUAGAAAUCUUUAAAAAUGCAUAUAUAUCAAUUAAAUGGACAGAAAAUAUUUUUGAGUUCAAAAUCACAUACCUCAUAUCUUCACUAUGAGCUCACAGUUAUCACAUCUUGUCUCAUGUUCAAAUGCAUGUACAGUAAAACAUUUAAUCUUUUUUUUUUAGAUUGAGACAAUGUCCUUACCUCUAGCAAAUGAAUGAUAAACAAAGUAUUUGUUUACUAAAUUAUUAUUGCCAUCAUCAUAUAAAUCGAUUGCAACACUUUGAACCCUAUUUUACCUUGAUCCAAAUGAAAGAGAUA